AUCGGCCAUUAAAUUAAUCAGUCAAGUGGCAAACUGCUGACUUUCAAGUAAAACUGCUCUGCUGCUGCUGCUGGCGAAUUUUCUUCUGAAAGAUUGCUCAUCCGUGAAUUUUAAAACUUGGAUCUCGUGGUUCUGUUAGUUGAAAUUCUCGCAAAAAUGAAUAAAAAUCCUCAACGAAGAUCUCCACAACGAAGAUUAUCUUGCGAAGUUGUAAAUUGGCUAAAACAACUGUAUGCGAUCAACCCGUAUCCCGAUCGAUUUCAGAUAGGCGCUAUGGCUCUUCAAUGCAAGAUAGAAUCAUCGCGUGUUCAAAACUGGUUUAGCAACCGACGAACUAGCGAUAGUCGUAGAGGCACCCUUUGUCGCCAAUGUCGAUAUUUCAAAUCUCCAUUGGUUUCAGAAGAACUACAUCGUCUUUAUCCAUUCUCUCGUCAUUGUGUCAUCAUGUUGUCGAUGCCACAAUUUUAUUUCCCUCAAAAUUUGGUUAACGUGACUGGAUUGCCGAUGACGACAGAUCCUCCAAGACCCCCAACUGCCGAAGUGGAUUAUAAUGGAAACAACAAUCCUCAAAUUGGAUCAAAACAUUCCAUUCAAGAUCCCUUCCCUGUUCAGCCAUCUGAAAAUCCGUUUCAAACUUCGAAUUGUCAUUCGCAAAUACCCUACAACCAGAUUACAGAUUCAUGCCAGCAGCAACUGCCACAACUGGAACCGAUAUCGCAUCAGCAACAUGCAAGCCCAAAGGGACAGAAUUUCCGCCAGAGGGACGAACACACGGAGUUAGACAAUGCCUAUGAAGUUGCUAUAAACGAGAUUGGAUCUUAUUCUAGCAAUGCGACAUAUGACGGCCGUCAAACUUGUCCUCCCUGGGCUUGGAGCCAAAGUACCUCAAUAGCUUCACAUAACUGGAUGCAAAAUAGUGCAGCAGCAACUCUUGCUCCUAUAAAGUUGGAAGGACAAGAGUUUGCGCAGCAACAAUGUCCAGAUUUGAACAUUGAGAUCUACGGCGAAGAUUAUUCUGGAAUUGUAUACCCAGAUUAUAUGGACUUUCCAAAUUUUUCCCUUCCGGUGAGCAAUGUUAAUUUGCAAACCUAUUAAAACUAUUGCUUGAUGUUUUUUUACUCAGUUCGUUUAUGCAAGUUUUGAAGUAAUUUUAAAAACUUCGUUCUCGUUUGUUUUACAAGUGCCUUUUAAACUUUAAACCAGAAAUAUGUUUGUGUCCUUGCCGAAAUACUUUAAUGUCUUAAAACCGUUUCUUUAACAUACCAAAUACAUGGUUGUGUACGUUCA